AUGUGCUCGCCGUCCUGCCCUCGACCCAUCUGCUUCCCAGGCCAGAGCCCUGAAGGGAGACCGAAGGGCACCGCUCCUCGCGCUUCCCGGAGCCCCGGAGUGCCGACCCCCCAGGGAUGUGAGUGCGCCCCCGACCCGAGGCCCGCGCUCCACGCCCCGACCUGCGGUGAGCGCCCGGGCACGCGCAGGAGGCGACGGGAGGGAACUCAGCGCGGGGUUCCCGGGCCCCCAGCCCAGGGGUGGGGGUGGGGACGUGGCUCGCGCCCCUCCUCCAUCGGCAGGCCCGCGCGGAGGACCUCCGCCCACAACCCCCGCGCCUUCCCGAGGCCCGCCUGGAGCAUGCUGCCUGCAGCCAUGAACGGCCUCGGCCUGGUGCUGCUGGCCGCCCUGCUGUGCUCUGCGCCCGCUCACGGCCUGUGGUGCCAGGACUGCACCCUGACCACCAACUCGAGCCAUUGCACCCCAAAGCAGUGCCAGCCGUCGGAUACAGUGUGCGCCAGCGUCCGGAUCACCGACCCCAGUAGCAGCAGGAAGGAUCAUUCCGUGAACAAGAUGUGCGCCUCAUCCUGUGACUUCGUGAAGCGACACUUCUUCUCAGACUAUCUGAUGGGCUUCAUUAACUCUGGGAUCUUAAAAGUGGACGUGGACUGUUGCGGGGGAGACCUGUGCAAUGGGGGGCCGGGGGCGGGGGGCAGCCCCUGGGCCCUGGCGGGGGGCCUCCUGCUCAGCCUCGGGCCUGCCCUCCUCGGGGCUGGGCCCUGA